AAUGACUUGUAUUUGUAUUUGACAGGUUUUGUUAUGUGGGCCGAUCGGUCCUAAACUUCACGAGAUGCUGGACGAGCAGAUAGUCGUUCCCCCGGGUUCCAUGCAGGAGACGGAUGAGUAUCACCUCAUCCUGGAGUAUAAAGCAGGUGAACAGUGGGGUUCGACGCAGGCACCUCAAGCCAACCGCUUCAUCUUCUCUCACGAUGUGUCCAACGGAGAGAUGAGCUCCCUGGAGACCUUCGUGGAGAGUCUGGAGGAGUUUGAUCCGGAGCUGGUGGUGCUGUCGGGGCUGCACAUGAUGGAGGGGCAGGGCCGGGAGCUGUGGGAGGAGAGACUCAAGGAGGUCAGUGGCCGAAAGCUGUCCUUAACUGUUAUCAAUCAACAGAGCUGUUUUUUUUUUGCAGGUUUCUACAAUUGUCCUGAUUCCUAUUUUCUAAAUUCAUGUUUUUUUUAUGCUUUCCAGUCACAAUGUACAAAGCUUACAUCCUUUGUCACAGUAAACAUUGUCUGCUUCUGUUGAUGUCUGGUUAUUACA